AGCAGCAGCGUUGGCGGGGGCCAGGCUCGCGCGGCGGCCGUGGGCCUCCUGCGGGGUCCCCGGGAAGGGGCGCAAAUUAACAGAUGUGCAUGAGGAGGUGCCUGGUCGGCCUCACGUUUUGUACCUGCUACCUGGCUUCUUACCUCACGAACAAGUAUGUCCUGUCUGUCUUGAAAUUUACCUACCCUACAUUAUUCCAAGGGUGGCAGACAUUAAUUGGUGGACUUUUGCUUCAUGUGUCAUGGAAACUGGGCUGGGCGGAGAUCAACAGCAGUUCAAGAUCUGAUGUUUUGACAUGGCUUCCUGCUUCAGUGCUGUUUGUGGGUAUCAUCUAUGCUGGUUCCAGAGCACUUUCCAGACUGGCCAUUCCUGUGUUUUUCACUUUGCAUAAUGUAGCCGAAGUUAUCAUCUGUGGGCACCAGAAGUGUUUUCAGAAAGAGAAAACAUCUCCUGCAAAGAUCUGUAGUGCCCUCUUUCUCCUGGCUGCCGCAGGGUGCCUGCCGUUCAACGACUCCCAGUUUGAUCCAGAUGGUUAUUUCUGGGCUGUAAUUCACUUAUUCUGCGUAGGGGCUUAUAAGAUACUACAGAAAUCCCAGAAACCCAACGCGUUAAGUGACAUUGACCAGCAGUACUUAAACUAUCUAUUCAGUGUGGUGCUCCUGGCAUUUGCAUCUCACCCCACAGGUGAUCUCCUCAGCGUCCUGGACUUUCCGUUCCUGUAUUUCUACAGAUUCCAUGGCAGCUGCUGUGCCAGUGGAUUUUUAGGAUUCUUUCUCAUGGUCAGCACAGUGAAGCUAAAAAGCCUUAUGAGCCCGGGGCAGUGUGCAGCCUGGAUUUUCUUUGCUAAGCCUCCUGCUCGGCGGCCUUGGAGAGGGCUUGCUGGUUUUCUCAGAGCGGAAGGGCUCCUAAACACAGGGAAAGUGGGCUCCCAGGCUGCAGGUGGAGAACACCGCCCUGGGCUUUGGAGCUCCCUGUCCCGGCGAUAGAAAGAAGAAAGCAAGAACGAUGAGACACUGCGGCUCGCUGCGUCGAGGAGAACUUUUUCUGGGGUCUCUGGGCCGCCGCAGAGAGUGGACUGUGUCGAGAGGCUCCCACAAGCCCUGCUGACUGUGCUGUGAGCCCAGCUGUGCAGAAACGGAUGCUGGAUUUCACCUGCAUGGGGAUGGCUCCGCCCACCUUGAUUACCACGCAAGCGUCCUUACUAAACACCCUACCCAGAUGAGCGUUCACUGCCUGCUGGUGGGCCCAAGGUAUUGUGUUGCCUUUCUGGUUUUGUUUUGUGAUUUUACAUCCUUGGAGACUCCUCCGGGGGGCACCCUUUCCGUGCUGUCAGGCUGGCUUGCCUAGAACUCACACUCCCCCACCUAGGGGCGCAGAGAGAAUUCCUCGAGCGGGGCUUCCACUGGGGGUGGGGGUGGAGGAGGUAAAUGGGGGUUCUGGGCCAAGUAAGACACCAGCAAGGACACUACUUCUCCAGAGUGCGUGCUGAAGCCUUUUUAUGGUUGUGUGUUGGGUUGAAUUCCACACACCCUUUUUUGCCUACCAUUAGGUUAACUUGGUACUAAUGAUUACCAGAGGGAAUAGGAUUAAUAAGCACUGGUGGAGGAAACAGCAAACAAACAUAGAUAUGUAAAUGCACACACAGUUAUAUUCAUAAUCCAUUUAAUUCCCUGAUACCUCAGAGGAGGUUUCAGAUCAUUGAACACUGAAAUAUAUUUUUCAGGCCAGAUUAAAAAUAGGAUGAAAACUCUAAACCUUGCCUUUAUGGGAGUCAAAAGAAAUGAAUUUGCAUGAAAUGCUCAUUUGAUUCUGAACCCCAAUGAAGGUUUAAGAAAAUAAUGUCUAGCUCCAAAUAUUCCUGCUCAUAAUAGGUUUUCUGAAUGCAUUAUACUCUGCCAGGUGUCAGUUUUGGUCAUUUUGAGACGUCGAAGGUAAUGAAGUCCAGGGAGGAUCCAGGCCCUGCAGGGUUGGACACCCCGUUGGUGAUGAAGGACCACCUCCAGCAUCUGGGAAACAAGCCUUGUCCAUUCUUGGUCUUGUGAAGACUAAGGUCAGCUCAGUCAGGCCAUUCUUCCUGCAGUUUUUUCUCCAAGUUGUUGAAAAAAGAAACAGAAGUUGAAACAAAUAGGAAUGGAUUAGUAUAUUUGGACCUUGAGUACCUUAAAUUCAUUUCCUUGUCUUUUCCUGGUCUCUGCUUGUCAUUUAAGGUAAACAUGUUCAGAGAGACCUUUAUACAUAUAUAGUUUCACUUUGCUUUUUGUUCCUAAUCUGAGAUGUCAAACCUUCUACCUAGGAUCAAAUAGAAAAUCUGCGUUUACAAUUUUCUUUGUUCUUUUGCUCCCACAAAACCGUGUCUGUGCACCUGAGGCCAGUUCUCUCUUUGCAGAAAGUGGCGUCUGUCCAAAUGUCAUCUUAUGUCUGUCUUUCCAAGUUUCAUUUGAGCAAAUGGAGAUUCCUAAGGCUAGAAAGAGCCAUGUACAGUUAACAAACCCCGUCCCCUGUUCCAGCAGGACUGACCUCAGAAACUUCUGCAGCAGACAGAGAAAAACAAAUACUGUACGACAUCACUUAUAUGUGGAAUCUAAAAAAUAAUACAAAUGUAUGUAUUUGCAAAACAGAAACAGAUAUAGAAAACAAACUAGUGGUUACCAAAAAGGAGAGGGAAGGGAAGAGGCAAAUUAGGGGUAUGGGAUUAAGAGAUACAAACUACUAUAUAUAAAAAAAGAUGAGCAACAAGGAUAUACUGUACAGCACAGGGAAUUAUAGCCAUUAUCUUGUAGUAACUUUUAAAGGAGUAUAGUCUAUAAAAAUAAUGAAUCACUAUGCUGUACACCUGAAAGUUAAUACAAUAUUGUAAAUCAACGAUACUUCAAUAAAAGAAAUAAAUGUACCUCAAAAAACCAAAAAACAAAAUUUCUGCUGCAGAGUUUUAGACCCUUUGUUUUUUCUUUUUAAAGAAUCUCUAACAAGGAUUUUUUUUGGUUUUUGUUUGUGUGAUUUUUUAAACUUCAUUCCAGGGUCCCAUUGUUUUUAAAAUCUCAGGUCUUUUCUUACUUUGACACUAGCAAGAGGCAAAGGAUAAGAUGUUUCUUCAAUAUACCAUCCUGUUUCCUUCAGCUUCCAUUUCUUCUUGGGAUUUUUUCUUCAAGCUUUUACCACCAUCUUUUAUGCCCAAGUUCACAUGCUUGGCAACUUAGGGUGAGCCUAGAGGGCUGUAAAUCAAGGGACUGGCCUGGAUUACCUCUCUCAUUCUCUGUGGCUCUCUGGGCCCCUGGCCCCCCUGGUGGGGAAUCCUAAGGUUACCCCCGCACUCCCUUUUACCCGAAAUGAUCCAUUUGGUUAUGUCCUAUCUGGGUCAUGUCCUUGCUGGCCCCGUGUCAAAGCCAGGGUGUUUUGUCUUUUUAUUUGUCCAAAUAAAGAAUACGCUUUCUGUCAGGAGAAGCAAAGUUCUGUGUGAUUGUGUAUUAUUACUAAUCUGCUAUGGAUAUACGGAAAAAUAAACCAUUUAUUUUCUUGGUAAUUGGCCUUUCUCUUCUCUUCAGCCUUGACAGGAGAGUAUUGCAGAAAAGGUUGUUAUCCUUGGGGAGUGAGUUCUUGCAUCUUAAACACAGGCCCAGACUUCUACCAGCAUCCAGGCCACUUAGCUCUGCAGAGGAAGGUCCACCCAACUCCUCCUUCUAGCCCUGCCCUGUCCCAUAGGGUAACCACCAGCCAUGUGUGGCCAUUGAGUACUGAGAGGGUGCCCCACCCCUACCUACCCCGAUGGUAUUUACAC